AUGACCGCUCCCCCUUCACGAUCUGACAAUCUCCUACCCUCACCACCUCCCCCGACCGACUCCCCCGAACCUCUUCUCCUCGUCGACGCAUCUCUCCCUGUGUCAGCCACCAACAGGGCCCCUGGCCAUAACUCCACGGACCUCGAUCCUUCAGCACGAACAUCAUCACCAUCAACAUCAACAAACCCAGCUUCAAGAGGAAGAUCAGCAAAACUGAGGUCCAGAGGAGGAGGCGAAGCAGUGGCCGGUCCGUCUCGCUCUCCGGCCGCCAGGUCUCACACUGGCGAAGACUACGACAGUGACACCGACGACCACGACAUCGAGAUGGAGCCCCUCGCCGAACACCGUCGCCGUCGAAGCAGCCAGAUCAGCUCUGGUGGUCGCCCCGUCGGCUCACCUAGCAGAUCCCGCGCCACCUCUGGCCGCGGCCCAGCGUCAAAUGGUUUAUCUGACGAGCCUAAGAUCUCAGAGGAAGAUCUUGACGCCAAUGGCUUUGCGAUCCGCAAAGACGAAUCGGGGGAUGAGAGCUACAGCGACGAGGACCUGCAGGACGACGAGGAGACGGGCCUGACCCGCAAGGACCGGCACAGGAAGCAGAAGAAGCGCAAGAGGAAUACCCAGCUAGACCAGCGCAUCGCGAGGGGGAAUAAUGACAUCUCGGCCGAGGAGCGCAAAGAAGCAGACAAGAGCGUCAUCAAGAGCCUUCUCAUCAAUGGCUUUCUAAUCCUCUUGUGGUAUCUCUUUUCCUUGUCAAUAUCCAUUUACAACAAGUGGAUGUUUGACGAGGACCGCCUCAAUUUCGCCUUUCCGCUCUUCACCACGUCCAUGCACAUGGUGGUGCAGUUUAUACUCUCCGGCCUCGUGCUGUAUUUCAUUCCCUCACUGCGGCCGGGUCGCGGCGGGCAUCAGUCUGAUCUGGGGAGGUCAAGACACGACGAGGAGCCAAAAUCUUAUGGCAUGACCAAGAUGUUUUAUCUCACGAGAAUUGGCCCUUGUGGCGCCGCCACUGGUCUUGAUAUUGGACUGGGAAACACGUCUCUCAAGUUCAUCAGCCUUACUUUUUACACCAUGUGCAAGUCCUCAUCCCUUGCAUUCGUCCUUAUCUUUGCUUUCCUUUUCCGUCUCGAAACUCCAACAUGGCGCCUCGUUGGCAUCAUCGCCACCAUGACCAUGGGUGUCAUUCUCAUGGUUUUCGGUGAAGUCGAGUUCAAGCUGGGUGGCUUCGUUCUCGUCAUCUCUGCCGCCUUCUUCUCCGGUUUCCGCUGGGGUUUGACCCAGAUCCUCCUCCUCCGCAACCCUGCGACCUCGAAUCCCUUUUCUAGCAUCUUUUUCCUCACUCCCGUCAUGUUUCUCGUGCUCAUUUCCCUGGCUAUUCCCGUAGAGGGCAUUGGAAAUCUUAUUGAAGGCUUCAAGAUUCUUGCCAACGAAUGGGGCGCUGUCAUGGCCCCCCUGUUCCUCCUCUUCCCUGGAUGCAUCGCCUUUUGUAUGACGGCAUCCGAGUUCGCUCUGCUGCAGCGUACAUCUGUCGUCACACUUUCCAUUGCUGGCAUCUUCAAGGAGGUCGUCACCAUCAGUGCAGCUACCGUCGUCUUCCACGACCGCCUCACUCUCAUCAACUUUAUCGGUCUGCUCACCACCAUGGCUGCCAUUGUCGCCUAUAAUUACAUAAAGAUCAGGAAGAUGCGACAGGAGGCACAGGAGGAUGUUCACGGCCGUCAUCUCGCCGAGCAAGAUGAGCCCGACUCUCCAUCGAGCCAGAGCAGCGGCAUUAUAGACCGUGAUGGUGACACAGAUGGAGAAAACGCCGCCUUUUUGCGAGAUAGCAUCGACAGACUCGACACGGUCACGGCCGACGGUGACUUUCAGCCUUUGCUACAACCAACGUCAACGGCCAAUGACCGUCGGCACGAUAGAUCCGACUGA